AUGUUAAAAUAUAAGGACUCCGAAAAUUGCGUAAAUGACUUAUUACACAAAAAUAACAUUAAAUUAAUUGCUAUUGAUAUAGAUGGUACACUAUCAGAUGAUACGGGUAAAAUUAGUGACGAAAAUUUAAAUGCAAUCCAGGUAGCUAAAAAAUUAGGUAUAAAUGUAAUUUUCGCUACAGGUAAAUUACGUAGUAAUGCUUUAAAAUUGUUUACACAAAAACAAAAAGAAAUUUACAAAGUACACACAAUUGAUGGAAUAUUUUCAAAUGGAGCUUAUUUAAAUAUAAAGGGAUAUGAUUAUGUAUACCGAAAUUUCAAAAUAAUGGACUUAGAGUUCAUUUUACUUGCAUUGUCGACAUAUAAUAUAUUAAAAAAUGCUGUUUUUUUAACUGUGGAUUUUGCUUAUGUAUUUAAUGAUAGCCCCAAUAAACAAGAAGAUAUAUAUAAAAAUGAAUUGGAAGGGUUUAGAUCAUCAGUCAAAUAUGUUAAUAUUAUUGACAAAAGUUAUAAUGCUGUUCUCUUAAGUACUAUUAAGGAUAUUUUUUUAAUUGGUGAUAUUGUAUCGGUAGAGAUUUAUACUAAAUUAUACCCUCAUCAAGAACCCUUUAAUGAACUAUUUUCAGUGUUAUAUAAAGAAUUAGAAGGUCAUUUUAAAAUAUAUACACCACUUAAUAAGGACAAAAUAGUAUUAUCACCAUUAAAUACAGCUAAAGUACAUGCAGCCCAUUUAUAUUCACAAUUUUAUGAUAUCCACAUUUCCGAUGUUUUAUCAAUUGGAAAUGAUAAUAAUGACGUGGAUCUGUUAGCAGCUACUGGGUAUUCUGUUGCUGUUAAAAACUCCACCACUCCUGCUAUGAAUGUAGCCAAAUGUGUAAGCACAAAAACGAACAGUGAAAAUGCAGUUGCUAACAUUAUUUACAAGGUUAUUACGGGAAGGAGAAUGUAA